GUGUGAAUCAGACAUUCUUUGCAAUGAAGAUUGGUGGAAACUUACAAGAGCACGUGAGGGUUGUAUGAAGACAUCGCUUUCGAAGAGUGACGCCGGUCUUGUCUGCCAUUAUUGUUGUAAAUCAACAAGUGGGAGCGCGUGUAACAAGGAAAUGAUUCCAGACGACGUUAAAGAUAUUAUUAGUCGGGUUGAUGGCAAUUGGUCGAAGUGGUUAAGUUGGAGCAACGGAUGUACAGCCGAUUGCAAGGGUGUUCGAGUACGCGUUCGCUCGUGCAGUGAGCCCGCACCUGGUCCAAAUGGAAGAGAUUGCCAAGGUUCCAGUUUCGAACAAGAAGACUGCGGUCCAAAGAACUGCCAGUCAUUAGGUUCUGGAUCACAAGCAAUUAUUGGAUAAACCAGUGGAACAUUGGGUAAACAGAUAAAAUUUGGAUAAACAGAUAAAAAUUUGGAUAAAAAAAUAAAGCAUUGGAU